AUGCAGAUGGCGAACUUAAUGACGAUCGGUGAAGCGACCACUGUUUGGCAGCUUUAUAAUCACUGCAGUUCGGCAUUCCUACAGAUUUACUUAAAACAUGCUAAUGCCCGUGGACAACAGUCCAGUUAUUGCCUAACAGACUUUGUGAUACAUAUGGAUGCCGAAGGACGAAUUCAGCUACAAAAUGCUUUUACCGGCAAAUUUAUUUGCUUCAAUAAACGAGAAAAACUCGCUGUUAGAGUAAGUUCUGUCAAUUUUGCUUGUACAUUUGGUAAGGGAUGA